GAACAGGGAGGAGUAAAGGAAUUAUAAAAUGUGAAUAUCAAGUGUUGCGCCAAAGUAAUUCAUUCUGGUGGGCGGAGUUUUUCGGAGAUCCCAGGAGGAAAUCUUUGGCACAUAUAAAUAAGGUUUGUUUCCGGAUCUGCAGACGGGAAGGAUCUCUCCGUGUAGAAGGUUCGUCAGGUUGGUACCGGUGAUGGGUGGUGAAGGUCUAAUUCUAAUGGGAAAAUUCUCAGGUGAGCAUCUAUACUGAGAAGACAUGAAGUUCCUCCUAGUUUCGCUUUUGCUCAUCCCGGUCAUAACUUCUUCAGAUGACCACAAACCUGAAGAGUCCCAUGAAGGUGCCGAAGGUGGAAAGAACGCCCAAGCCCUAAAUGAAACGGUAAAAGGAAAUACUGAAUUUGCCUUCGAUUUCUUCAAGCAUCUGACCUCCAUGUCCUCUCGGUGCAAGGAUUCUCCACCCAAAAAUAUUGUCUUGUCACCUUUCAGUAUUUCUUGUGCUCUUUCCAUGCUGUUGUUGGGCGCCCAAUCAAAGACCCACCAGGAAAUCUUGGAAGGUUUGAGCCUGAGCAACACAAACCUCCCAGAAAGUGAGAUCCACCAGGCUUAUUCCACUCUUCUCCAUCUGCUGAAUAAACCAAAAAGCAGCCUUCAGGUUGACAUCGGCAACGCCCUCUUUGUAGAGCAGACACUGACCUUGCUGAAGAGCUUUGAAGAUGAUUUGAAGAAUUUUUAUCAUGCUGAAAUUAGGAAGACCAAUUUCAAGGACCCACAAGAGGCUAAAAAAGAAGUGAAUGAAUAUGUGAAGAAUAAAACUGAAGGCAAAAUUGAGGAACUCAUCAAGGAAUUUCCUGCAGAUACUAGGUUGGCCCUGAUCAACUAUGUUCUGUUUAAGGGUAAGGACAGCGGCAUCGGGGGUCGAUAAUUACAUUUAAGUUUC